UUCUGACAGGUAGAAAAGCCGGUAGUCAUUUAGAGGUAGAUACUUUCUGUCAUCUUCCAAGUGACUCGGGCCCAUGUAGAGCUGCUAUCAGAAACUAUUACUACAACUCGGCAAAUAAGCGAUGUGAAGAAUUUAUCUACGGAGGCUGUGAAGGGAACAAAAACAAUUUCAAAACCAAAGAAGAAUGUGAAGAAACAUGUGGAAGUGAAACUCAUACUUCGAAUCACAAUGUUCUGACAGGUAGAAAAGCCGGUAGGCAUUUAGAGCCAGAUAAUUUCUGUCAUCUUCCAAGUGACUCGGGCCCAUGUAGAGCCGCUUUCAGAAAGUAUUACUACAAUUCGGAAGACAAGCGAUGUGAAGAAUUUAUCUACGGAGGCUGUGAAGGGAACGAAAACAACUUCAAAACCAAAGAAGAAUGUGAAGAAACAUGUGGAAGUGAAACUCAUACUUCGAACCACAAUGUUCUAACAGGUAUAAAACCCGAUAGUCAUUUAGAGACAAAUGCUUUCUGUCACCUUCCAAGUGACUCGGGCCCAUGUAGAGCUGCUGUCAGAAACUAUUACUACAACUCGGAAAAUAAGCAAUGUGAAGUAUUUAUCUACGGAGGCUGUGAAGGGAACGAAAACAAUUUCAAAACCAAACAAGAAUGUGAAGAAACAUGUGGAAGUGAAACUCAUGCUCCUGUAAUUCCAGCCAGUAAUGUUCUGACAGGUAGAAAAGCCGGUAGUCAUUUAGAGGCAAAUACUUUCUGUCAUCUUCCAAGUGACUCGGGCCCAUGUAGAGCUGCUUUCAGAAACUAUUACUACAACUCGGAAAAUAAGCGAUGUGAAGUAUUUAUCUACGGAGGCUGUGAAGGGAACGAAAACAAUUUCAAAACCAAAGAAGAAUGUGAAGAAACAUGUGGAAGUGAAACUCAUGCUCGUGUCAUUCCAGCCAGUAAUGAAAUUUGUAAAGAACCGAAAGAACCAGGGAUAUGUUAUGGCUACACCAUUCGUUACUAUUACGACAUCUCUCGGCAGAGAUGCGAAUCUUUUGUGUAUGGAGGUUGCGGUGGAAACCAGAACAACUUCAACACACGAGAAGAGUGCGAGAAAACGUGCAUGGAAUCAGCUGAUCAUUCAGAAAGUUGAUACCAGGUAUACUUGAGUAUCAGAGGACAGAGAAAAUUAUCCAAGACAACAUCUUCUCAACUGUAUGAUUGAUUGUUAUAUGGUUUGUUUAGCUACAUGUUAUUGAUCAAUGAUUUCGUUUUGUAGACAUAAAUAUAUGAAAAAUAAAAUUUUAU